CGGCGCGGCUGGAGGGACCUCCAGCAGGGAGGGAGCCGGGCUGAGGCGGGCGAUGCGGGCUGAGGCGUCGCCUGCUGCUGCUGCCCCCGGAGCUCCUCUCCGCAGCGGCUGCAGCAGUAGCACCAAUCCGACGAGGCGGAGGUGAGCGGCUCUCCCGGCGUCGCCCGGUGGCUGCAGCUGUUGCUGAGAUCUGCCCUGCCUUGCCCAGCGCCCGCUGCUACCACCACCACCUCCGACGGCUCCAAAAGGAUGUGGCUCCUCGCCGUGGCGACAACUUUCUGGGGAUUGUUGCUGGCGCCAGGAUUUGCUUUGCAAAUACAGUGUUAUCAGUGUGAGGAAUUUCAGCUAAAUAAUGAUUGCUCAUCCCCAGAGUUCAUAGUGAAUUGCACUGUGAACGUCCAAGAUAUGUGUCAGAAGGAAGUAAUGGAACAAAGUUCAGGGAUCCUGUAUCGCAAGUCCUGUGCAUCCUCUGCAGCUUGCCUCAUGACCUCUGCCGGAUACCAGACUUUCUGUACUCCAGGAAAGAUAAACUCUGUUUGUAUUAGCUGCUGCAAUACUCCACUCUGCAAUGGGCCGAGGCCAAAGAAGCGAGGAAACUCUGGCACCAUGCCCAGGGCUGGUGUAUUAACAACCAUACUGCUCUCUGGCUUGGUGUUUUUAUCACCAGUACAUUGCUGAACUCUAAAGGAAGAUUUCUUUGUUGGCGUUGUUUUGUCCUGUGUUGUUUCCUUCAAAGACACAGCUGAUAUUCAUUGUAAUGUUGCUGCUUGCUUCCAACUGCUAAAAGAAGAGUUUAAAUUGAAAAUGUUCAGCAACUGAGAACAGGUCGAGUAGUCUGUCUUUCUGGUAUGCACUUUUUUAAAAAAAGCAACAGUAGAACCCAUAUUCAUUUAUGUUAUUGGAAACUAGUCUAUUGAAACAAGCACUUAAACUUGGAAGGUAUGACCAGCAGGUUUUAAGCCCUUCAGUUUUUAAAAAUUUCCAUUUUUGGCAUAGUGUGUAUCAUCUCGUUUUGUUUUUUGUUUUUAAUGUGGAAUCACAGUUCAUGUUCACAAAGGCCAUUCUGGUUAGCAGGACUAGGAUCUGUGCAGGUCUCCAGUGGCAUUGUUUUCACCUUCGGCUCCAAUGAUUCAAGACUCAAUUUCUGCAAACUGCAGUCAGGCUUGGUUUCACUCUGAAAAGUACUUAAGAAAACCUUGUUAGCGCUCUUGGUAGAAGACUUGCGCCUGGAUGACAUGAAGGUCAAUGGGCGCCAGGAGGAGUGGCCAAUACCAGCUGCAGAAUUCAAGUUGGCUCUUAAAAGCUUCCGUUUGUUAGCAUGUUCUAGUGUCAGAUGACAACGGAAGACCUGAAGAAAUACAUUCCGGAACUGCUGGGAGGAGAUAUUAUACAGGAGUGGGUUCACUACGGAACUGAGGUAGAAGAAUGUAUCCGCUAUAGGGAGAAGAGUGAUGUACGCUCUGAAGUAGGAGAUUGUCCAGUCCUGCUUAGGUCUAGCUGCCGCCAUGAUCCUUCGAACUUGAUUUGGCAGCCAACAUAUCGCCAGAGAUGCAACAAUCAAUCCUGCAAGUAAAGAAAAGAGAGAAAAAGAAAGCAUGUGAAAACAAAUAAUAAAAUAUUUAGUAUCAGUUCUGCACUUACUGGCUAGGAAAUGAUACCAAUUUUUCAGUGUUCUGCUUGACAGCUUCUUCUGCCAGUAGCAAAAUUUGUUCUAAGGAAGAGUAAAGGGGCGGGGGGAGAGAAAAGAAAGCCACAGUUUCAAGAUCAUUGUGGUCUGUGCUCUGAUAAGUAUUAUGUAAUAUUUAAGAUAUCAUUUCUUGUUACUUCUCGAUAUUGGUUAAGUUCAGAGACAUUAUUUCAGCGAUAACACAUUCUUCAAAAUAUUAUCUAUUAUAUUAUUCCUGCUCCCUCCCCUUUUCCUUCACCCCUCCAUUAUUUUUUAAAAAAAUACAGCCAUAUUAGAGCAGGCAAUACCCAAAAGAUGAUCAGAUCCUGUUUAUAUUUUACAAAACAAAUAUGCAUACAAUUGUAUAUUUGGCAUUAUUUUUGGUAACUUUUCUCUUACAGAAGAUAUUUUUACGUACAGUAUGAAUGGCUCUUUUUAUGAUAAACAGUAUAUAAUGGGCUUUCAGGAAAAAAUCCAAAUUAAUUAAAAUGUAAAGUAACAUGUCGCACACACAAAAAUACCCUCUUAAACAUACCAUGGAAAUGGCAAAUGGUUUCAGAUAAUAUGAAAUAUGCUCAAAGAUAUCCAAACGUUUUGUAGUCACCUAUAAAUAUAUAUUUUCUCCACUUUAUUGGGAACUAGUUUUUUUUAAUGGAUUAGAAGAUUUGUCCAUGAUCCAGCAGACAGCCAGACCCACACAACAGUAGUUAUCUAAUUGCUGGCUGUAAAAGAAAAAAUAGUCACAGAUACUUUAUUAGAUUUAUAUCCCGUUCUUCCUCCAAGUAGGAACCCAGGGCAGCAAACAAAAGCACUAAAAACACUCUAAAACAUCACAAAAACAGAAUUUAAAAUAUAUUACAAAACAUCCUUAAAAACAUAUUAAAAACAAAACAUCUUUAAAAGUAUCUUUUUUAAAAAAAAAGCUUUAAAAACAUCUCUCUUUUUUUCUAAAGAGAGCUUUAAAACACAUUAAAAAGCAAUUCCAACACAGAAGCAGACUGGGAUAAGGUCUCAAUUUAAAAGGCUUGUUGAAAGAGGAAGAUCUUCAGUAGGCGCUGAAAAAAUAACAAGAGUUUCCACCUGUCUAAUAUUUAAGGGGAGGGAAUUUCAAUGAGUAAGUGCCACUACACUAAAGGUCUACUUCCUUUGUUGUGCGGAGCAGACCUCCUGAUAAGAUAAUAUCUGCAGGAGGCCCUCACCUGCAGAGCGUAGUGGACAACUGGGUAUAUAAGGGGUAAGUAAGAUGGUCUUUCAGGUAUCCUAGUUCCAAGCUGUAUAGAGCUUUGUACACCAAAACCAGAACAUUGAACUUAGCCCAGUAGCUAAGAGGUAACCAGUGCAAUUCCUUCAGCAGCGGGUGCCAUGUUGGCGAUACCCUGCCCCAGUGAGUAGCCUUGCUGCCGCAUUUUGCACCACCUGCAAUUUCUGGACUAAUCUAAAGGGUAGCCCCACUUAGAGCACAUUACAAUAAUCUAGCCUAGAAGUUACCAGUGCGUGGGCAACAGUGGUCAGACUAUCCCGGUCCAGAAAUGGCCACAGCUGUCUUACCAGCCGCAGCUAAUAAAAGGCACUCCUAGCCACUGAGAUCACCUGGACCUCUAACCCAGAUGGAUCCAGGAGCACCCCCAUACUACAGACCUGCUCUUUCAGAGGGAGUACAAUUCCAUCCAAAGAAGUUCCGAACUUGGGAACUACCAAUCCACAGCGCCUCCAUGUUGCUAGGAUUCAGACACAGUUUAUUGGCUCUCAUCCAGCUCACCACUGAAUCCAGGCAGCAGUCUAGGCUGUGCAUGGCCUUUUCCAAUUCAGGUGUUACAGAAAAAUAGAGCUGGGUAUCAUCAGUGUACUGCUGACACCUCACUCCGAAUGUCCUGAUGACCACUUCCAAUGGCUUCAUAUAGAUGUUGAACAGCAUGGGGAACAAGAUGAUACCCUGCGGCACCCCACAGCACAACUGCCAGGGGGCCGAAAGACAAAUCACCCAAUACUGUUCUCUGAAAAUGACUCUGGAGAUAGGAUCGGAACCACCGUAAAACAGUGCCUCUGAUACCCAUCUCACCAAGUCAGCCCAGAAGGAUACCAUGGUCAAUGGUAUCAGAAGCAACUGAGGGAUCAAGUAAGAAUAACAGGGUCGCACUCCCCCUGUCCUCCUGAUAAAAGUCAUCCAUCAAAGCAAUCAAGGCUGAUUCAGUACCAUAACCAGGCCUGAACCCAAACUGGAAUGGGUCAAGACAAUCUGUUUCAUCCAAGAGUACUUGGAAUUGCAGUGCCACAACCUCUCAAUCACCUUUCUUAAAAAGGGGGUAUUUGCAACCAGGCAGUAGUUGUCACAAACCAGUGGGUUCAGGGUGGGCUUUUCAGGAGCAGUCAGAUCACCACCUCUUUCAGAUACUGAGUUGCAGUGCUUCAUCUGCUAUAGCUGACGAGAAUACUUUAUAUAGUGCUUUAAAAUAUUCAGUGUCCUUCCCAUUCGUUAUCUUGCUUACAAUGACCGUGUGAGGUAAGUCACUAUUAUUUUUGCCACUGAAGAGAGAAUGACUUGCCUAGAAGUUCAUAGUGGUGAUGAGAUUUGAACCCUGAUUUGCACAUUAGCUUAAGACUGCAAUCCUAGCCCAACUUACCUGGGAGUAAACUCCACUAAAUUCAAUACAACUGACUUCUGAAUAGAUAUGAUUAGGGGUCGCACUCAACCACCAGACUACUAUUGGAAUUGAUGGGCACAUGAUGGUCUAGAUCAGCCUUUUCCAACCAGUGUGCCUCCAGAUGUUGUUGGACCACAACUCCCAUCAGCCUCA